CAAGUCAGUCCAAAGUUCUCUCCUUUCUUUCAAUCCAAACUUGCAUUGAAGCUAAACAUGAAGAAAGAAUCGUGGAAGAAGAUCUCAAUAAGCUUCAAUACAUGAAGCUUUUCGUGAAAGGAACCUUAAGAUUACACCCACGGCCCACCAGCUUCAUUACCAAAGGUCCAAAAGAAACAAUGAGUCAUAUCAAGAUUCAUGGUCUAUGUCUAUAGCAAGAGAUCCUCAACAUGGGAAAAUCCGGGAGAGUUUAAUACAGAGAGGUUUAUGGAUUUUCUUGUGGACUACAAAGGACAGAGCUUUGAGAUGUUACCUUUUGGUUAUGGUCGUAGGACCGUUGAAUUGGGACUCUUGAACUUGCUUUACUUCUUUGACUGGAUAAUGCCUGAGGAGAAGAAAGAUAUGGACAUGGAAGAAGCUGGUGAUGUCACAGUUGAGAACAAAGUUCAUCUUUGAUCUUCUUCCUAUUAUUCGCCAUCGACAGGGCCAUUAAGUUGUUUUUGACGUAGACACCAUGAGGCCCUUUGAGUAGUUGAAAUUGAUAUUUAAGCUAUUAUUUUAAUGUAUUGGUCCAUGAUCAGAUAUCUUACACAAUAACCAUAUCGAAGAUAAUUGUUUUUGACCUCUCAAAAGCUUAUCUUCACAAAGACACAAAAAAUAAAUGAGAUCACACAAAUUUGAGAAAAAACGAAAACAAUGUUGAUUCCACUGUAUUGCUUCUGGUUUAUACUUCUUCCCGCUCUUUUCUUGUUAAUAUUCAUUAAGAAAAUCAAAUACUCGAAACAAAAUCUUCCUCCGAGCCCACCUAAGCUUCCGAUCAUCGGAAACCUACACCAGCUUCGAGGAUUGUUUCAUAGAUGUCUUCACGAUCUCUCCACGAAACACGGACCCGUGAUUUACCUCCGUCUAGGUUUUGUCCAAAUGGUGGUUAUCUCAUCGAGCGAAGGAGCUGAAGAAGCUCUUAAAACUCAUGACCUUGAAUGCUGUAACAGACCUUUGACGAACGCCUCAUCAAAAUUCUCGCGUGACGGUAAAGAUAUUGCCUUUGCGCCAUAUGGUGAGGUUUUGAGCCAAACACUUUUCUGUCUAGUUGGAAGUGUCAUAUGUAGAGCCGCCUUUGGACAAAGUUUCUACGAAAGCAAGCAUAUCAAUAAAGACAGGAUCAAAGAUUUAAUGUUUGAGUUCCAGAAAGUUGGGUCUCUCAGUAGUACUGAUCUUUUCCCUUAUGGUUUGGGAUGGUUUAUGGACUUUGUGUCAGGACAACAGAAGAGACUUCGUAAAGUUCUCUUUGAGGUUGAUACAUUAAUGGAUCAUGUAAUUGACGAUCACUUGAAGAAACCUGAAGAGAAAACAAAUCAAGAUCGCCCUGAUAUUGUUGACUCGAUUCUGGAUACUAUGCAUAAACAAAAGCAAGAUGAAUCAUGCAAGCUCACCAUCGAUCAUCUCAAAGGAAUCAUCCAAGAAAGCAUCUAAUAUUUACAAGAUGUGUCAAAAUUCAUGGGUUUUUUUAAUUUAUCUUAAAAUUAUUUUAUGUAUUAGGUACAGUAGAUUUUUUCACAUACUUCUAUUGAUGCAUGUGAAAUUCCUAACACUUACUCAUUUAAAGCUGUCAAAUUUCAUGAGCCUUUAUUUUAAAAUCAAUUAAAAAUGAAAAGACUUUGGUUCAUAACUCAUAUGUAUAUGUUAGAUUAUAUAAAUUUUAUUUUCAAUGUAGAAAUCUCGAUAAAUUUUGAAUAUUAAAUGGCCUUAACCAUUUUCUAUGAUUGUUGAUCUAGGAAAUAUAUCUUGCUGGAGUAGACACAAGCGCCAUCACCAUAAUUUGGGCAAUGGCAGAGCUUAUUACAA